UGAAAUGAUCUUCCCCUGACGGCGUUGCUUUUGUCGACACAACACCGGACAAGAUGGCGACCAGCAAUGGUGGAGGAAUGGAAGUGGAUGGAACAGCCAGCCCCAGUGUUAUGGCCUCAGGGGUCACUGGGAGUGUUUCUGUGGCCUUACACCCUUUGGUUAUCCUCAACAUAUCAGACCACUGGAUACGCAUCCGGUCCCAGGAGGGCCGACCAAUGCAGGUGAUUGGCGCUCUGAUCGGGAAACAGGAGGGUAGAAACAUUGAGGUGAUGAACUCCUUUGAACUAAUGUCUCACACCAUAGAUGAGAAAGUGCACAUCGACAAGGAGUAUUACUACACUAAAGAGGAACAAUUUAAACAGGUCUUCAAGGACAUGGAGUUCCUAGGUUGGUACACCACAGGUGGCCCUCCAGACCAGUCAGACAUUCACAUCCACAAACAGGUGUGUGAGAUCAUCGAGAGCCCCCUCUUCCUCAAACUUAACCCGAUGACCAAACACACUGACCUUCCUGUUAGCGUUUAUGAAUCUGUGAUAGACAUCAUCAGUGGCGAGGCCACCAUGUUGUUUGCUGAGCUGACAUACACUUUAGCCACAGAGGAAGCAGAGAGAAUUGGUGUUGACCAUGUGGCUCGAAUGACAGCCACAGGAACUGGGGAAAAUUCGACUGUGGCUGAACACCUUAUUGCCCAGCACAGCGCGAUAAAAAUGCUCCACAGCCGAGUAAAGAUCAUUCUAGAGUACGUCAAAGCCGUCGAAGCAGGAGAGGUGCCGUUCAACCACGAGAUCCUGCGAGAAGCAAACGCUCUUUGCCACAGACUGCCGGUCCUCAGCACCACAAAAUUCAAAACUGACUUCUAUGAUCAAUGUAACGAUGUGGGGCUCAUGGCCUACUUAGGCACCAUCACCAAGACCUGCAACAGUAUGAACCAGUUCAUCAACAAGUUCAACGUCCUGUACGACAGGCAGGGCAUCGGCCGGAGGAUGAGAGGACUCUUCUUUUGAGCUGGCAGGGAGGCAAACACUCUUUUCUGUUCUCUCUUUUUGUUUGUGUUUAAAUAAAAAAAAAAAGAUUUUACACCUUCAAUCUAUCCAAAAACCACUCAGAUCAGUUUAAAACCUCUCUACAGCAGUGAGAUCGCUGAACAUGGACGUUAUUUUACCCGGUUCGUUUUAUUGUUUCACGUUUCUGUAUGUAAUAAAAUGGUUUUUUUUUUCA